GCUCUUUCUCAGCUUGUUUGGAGAGGUCCCAUUGGUCUUGUGGAGCCAUUUGAAGUGUUCAGUUCCUGCCUCGGUGCUGGACUUUUACCCAAGAAUGUCGAGCUGGCCGCUAGUAACUUGACUGCACAAGCACAGAGAGAAAACUUGCUGUCUGUUGCCCUUAACCAUGGUGCCGCAGGGUUCAUUACAUCGUGUGUCUCCCAGUUUGCAGAAGGAGAGUUUGUUCAUGCAGGAUGCACCUUGCGGUUUAUUCUGGACUGGGCUUGGGGCAAAGUGGCGCAAGUGAAAGACUCAUUGGACAAAUUGUGUGUGCCUUUGUAUGACUGUUCGGGGAUGCCCUUAGAGCAGCAGGGGCUCCAGUUGUUCCACCAGCACCAGCUCCAACUGACCAACCUGCAGACCAUUGUCCAGGUGCUGAUGACCAACUCUGGACCCUCUACUAGCCAAGGUCUUGGUGACUUGGACAUGAAGUUCAGGGUGGUGACACUGAUAAACCAGUUCUACCAGGCUGUGUCUUGGUGCCUUAGUAACAACUUACUGCCAGAGUUUGAUGAAGCAGAGUCUCCCCCUAGUGGCCAGUACUGUUACCCCGCCUCCGUCCUAGGCCACGAAUACCAGACUAGGCGACAACAGAUUAGCAGGCUGCACAGUGAUAUACAGGAGACAGACCUUCUCAUGAUAGAUGGGAUGAUAGACGAAGAAGCUGCGGCUGUCAGGGCUCUCUGGAGUAAACAGGGCGGAGCUGGGCUCUACCCUCCCAAGAGUCUACAUGCUUUACUGACAAUAUAUUUGUUGGAAAACAUCUCUCUGGCCAGUAAACACAGUCUGGUGGCUUACUUCUUCCUGGACCUCAUCUCUAUGAUGGGAGAGAAAGAUCAGAAUUUGGUAGACAGACUGAGCAGAUUCUGCCAAGCCAUCCACCUUCCUCAGAGUAGAACUAGGAUGAUCCAGGGGUUUUGGCUGCUGGAUCAUAAAGACUUUGAGGAGGCUGUUUUACUCCUCCUAGACCCCAUGUUGCUAGAGGAGAUGUUACCAUGGCAACACAACAGAAUCAUCAAAGCGUUCCUGUACCAGGGAGAGGAGAAGAUCGCCCUCAAGUUCCUACGUGUGAAGAAGCCACCCCUGGUGACCCCCGAGGAUGUCAGGUUACACCUCACUGUGUUGUUGGCCAAUGGCCUGAUAUCUGAAGCCUUUGAAUACCAGAAAGUGUGCAGUAAUAAUGAGAGGGAUAAUGAUAAUUUACUGGGACAUCUCUUCACUGCCUGCCAGCAGACCAAGACAAUAGACCGUCUCCUACAGUUACCGCUCACAGACGGGGAGGAGAGGCAGCUCUUACAAUAUCUGCGCGACAGCAAGGAAACACGCAACAUGGAGAUCCUCAUGCUGCACUUCCUGCAACGUGCACGCUAUGUGGAGGCCAUACGACUCAACGAGAAACUGGGGCAGACUUUACUUCACGAGAGUGAUCCUAAGACCAGGGAGAGAGCUGCCGCCAGAAACUCCAUUGUGGACUGUUACUCCAAGGUCCUGCCCAGCGUCCAGAGAAAGCUGACCUUUGGCAAUGACCACAGGCCAAAGAAGACUAUGCAUUUGACCAGGAGAGAAAUUCAGCGACCCCGUCCCCUGUCAACAGUAGUGCACCAUAACAACAACCAAAAAGUAAUCUCUAACGCCAUGUUGAUCAAUGCUGUACUGGAGAAGAUAGGAGAGACACGACCACCGCCAGAGCAGACUCCUGUCAGGAACAGACCGCAGCCUUCUGAUGCAGCACUGGGUCCCUUCAUCUGCACUCCUGUCACGCCCAGAGCCAAGUCUAACCUUAUCAGUGAAGACACGGAGAUAGUAUACCCCAGCAUACAGAGGGACACCAGGACGGAGGAGAGAUCCAGAACAGUGUCACCUGUGAAGAAAAUGGUGACAGGAUUAAUGCCUCAGACGCCGCUGGCUUCACCUGUGACAGCAAAGAACCAGAAUGUCAACAGGAUACUAAGCACAGAAGCCCUCUCCCUUCUUCAAACACCCCCUGUAAAGAGAAGGACGCCCCCAACGUUGAAGAAGCUGACGUCACUCCAGCAUACUCCUCAGUCCAUUCUCAAAGUUCGUCAGGUGGUCAAGCGUUCACCAAGUCCGAGCCCCCUUCAGCAGGACCAGCCACAGACCAUUAAGAGACUCUCAUUCCUCAAUGCUGACCUCGCUCUGGAGACUCCACCCAGGUAUCAGAGGAAAAAGGUCGAGGUCAGAAAAACCAAGGUCAAGGACACUCCAAAGCAUCUGAGGUUUGCUGGCCUGUCCACACCGUCACCAGAACCAAGUCCACCAAAGCUGCCGUCUCCGCGUAGAACACGUCGGCGAAGUCCGACACCAGAAAGGUAG